CACUUUGAGUAGGAAGCACCGGAGGGCAGUUGAGGGUGUCAGUUGGUGCUGAAGAAAUAAAUACACCACAUAGGAUGGUACAAGAGGAAUCAUUGUUACUCCUGUUUGGCUCCUGAGAAAAUAAAAAAAGACUCAAAUUUACACCUGCUUCUGGGGAAUGUCUGUCGAAAUCUCUGAAUUGGCUUACAGAAGAGAAGAAAGAAGCAAAUUAGGUGCUGAGCUACUUGAAGAGGGCAUGGCCACUGAGAAGUGUAAAUAUAAAUGUGCCUUUGACACCCGUGGGUGUCAGUCAGCUGGACUCUCUUGAGCAGGGCCUCAUGCCCCCUUGUUUUCAGGUUCUUCCUUAGUAGCUUUUGUUAAUGUAAAAGGGCCUUGAACCAGCUGAAGAAGAAAAAACCAAAGAAAUUUAAAACCUCAAAUGUUUUAAAUAAUUAGAUGAAAAAGAGACAUUUUAGAGGUUUCAGAAGAAUGGGGGACAAUAUGAAAAUUGGAAGCAUCUUGGGAAAGCAGAGACAUAUGGUAACCUUAAAAAUAUACCUCAGAAAUUCUGAUUUCACUGUCAAAACAGGAGCUGUGAGCCUUCUGCAGUGAUUAGCUCUUGGCUUUCUGAAUAAAUUGAUCUUGCAUCAUUCAAAAGCAAAACUUUAAUAUGAAAUUAUCAGAUAAGUUUGCCUACUUCCAUAGCAACCCAAUCAUUUUGAUAAAGUGUUUUUGCUAUAUAAUCUCAGCAGUAGUCAGCAUCACAGUCACAGAGAUUCCCCUCUCCCUGCACUGGUGGCAUAUAGCCAGGAAACAGAAGUGUUUAGAAUAAUGGUGGAUAACAGAGUGGGACUCAGUGAUCUGAUAUACAGGGUACAAGAUGGUGUUCCUUUAUGACAAAGGAAUUCAUUGCCUCUAUGACGUCUAAGUUAGAGAGGAAUACUUCACGGAGGGGACGCCUGGGGAAUAAUCAUGCUUCUCAGAGGACCAGCACCGACAUCCGCGACAGCCAGAGCCAGCCCCUUCUACUAGGGCUCACAGGAAUAUAUAUUUAUAUAUUUCUAUUGUAUUAUCUGCAUCCUUACAAGAACCAUCACGAUUUGGUGUUUUUUUUUUAAUGAUCUCUAUGGAUCCUGCAUUUUAUGACCCUCCUCUCCACACGGUCUGAUUCAUCUUCGAAGCCGAUCUCUCUCUCCCUCCCUCUCUCAACCUCGUUUUACAUUUGCACCGCUUCAAGACACAAAGAUUGCCAAAGCCGAGCCUUCUUGCAAGAAAAAGAUUUUUCUCCCCCUCCAAUUAGAAACAUAUUGCAUCGCCCCCUCCCCAUUUGCUCCCCAAACCUCAUUCUUCUUAUGUGGAUAUGCAAGCAAGAAGAGGAGACUGGAUACUCCCAACAUGCUCACUCCCUUAAUCUGUCCGCCUAGAGGUUCUGCUUCUACAAACCAAGGGAGUGCAAGAGCUGAAAAUGAGGCCCCGAGCAGAGUGCUAUUCUUCAAAGUUCUGGCUUAUGCUGGCAGUCCUGGCGACAACAGGUGGUGGGGCCUGGGCCCAAAAGAACCACCCCAGCAUUGGCAUUGCUGUCAUCUUGGUGGGUACCUCUGACGAAGUAGCUAUCACAGAUGCCCACAAGAAAGAUGACUUCCAUCACCUCUCUCUCACGCCUCGUGUGGAACUGGUGGCCAUGAAUGAGACAGAUCCCAAGAGCAUCAUCACCCGCAUCUGUGAUAUCAUGUCUGAUCGGAGGGUUCAAGGUGUGGUGUUUGCUGAUGACACUGACCAGGAAGCCAUUGCCCAGAUCCUGGACUUCAUUUCUGCCCAGACCCUCACACCCAUCCUAGGUAUCCAUGGAGGCUCUUCCAUGAUCAUGGCAGACAAGGAUGAAUCGUCCAUGUUCUUCCAGUUUGGUCCAUCAAUAGAACAGCAAGCUUCUGUCAUGCUCAACAUCAUGGAAGAAUAUGACUGGUACAUCUUCUCCAUUGUCACUACCUACUUUCCUGGCUACCAGGACUUUGUCAACAAGGUCCGUAGCACUAUUGAGAACAGCUUUGUGGGCUGGGAGCUAGAAGAGGUGCUCUUGCUGGAUAUGUCUCUGGAUGACGGAGACUCAAAGAUCCAGAAUCAGCUCAAGAAACUCCAGAGUCCUGUCAUCCUCCUUUACUGUACUAAGGAAGAAGCCACCUAUAUCUUUGAGGUGGCUAACUCUGUGGGUCUGACUGGGUACGAUUACACAUGGAUUGUACCCAGCUUGGUGGCUGGAGAUACAGACACAGUCCCCUCUGAAUUCCCCACUGGACUUAUCUCUGUGUCAUAUGAUGAAUGGGACUAUGGCCUUCGCGACAGGGUGAAAGACGGAAUAGCCAUAAUAACCACGGCUGCUUCUGACAUGCUGUCUGAGCACAGCUUCAUUCCUGAGCCCAAGAGCAGUUGCUACAACACACAGGACAAGAGGAUCUACCAAUCAAACAUGUUAAAUAGGUACCUGAUUAAUGUCACAUUUGAAGGGAGGAAUUUGUCUUUCAGUGAGGACGGCUACCAGAUGCACCCAAAAUUGGUUAUCAUCCUUUUGACCAAGACGAGGACGUGGGACAGGGUGGGAUGGUGGAAGGACAAGCGUCUCAAGAUGAAGUAUUAUGUGUGGCCACGUUCUGAGCUUUACCCUGACAGUGAGGAGCGUGCAGACGACCAUCUUAGCAUAGUGACCCUAGAAGAAGCACCAUUUGUCAUUGUGGAAAAUGUGGACCCCCUAAGCGGUACCUGUAUGAGAAACACUGUCCCAUGCCAAAAAAGAAAUGUGACAGACAACAAGACGGAUGAGGAGACUGCGUACACCAAGAAAUGUUGCAAAGGGUUUUGUAUUGAUAUUCUCAAGAAAAUCUCCAAGUUUGUCAAGUUCACCUAUGAUCUUUACUUGGUAACCAAUGGUAAACAUGGGAAGAAGAUCAAUGGAACAUGGAAUGGAAUGAUAGGCGAGGUGGUUGACAAACGUGCCUAUAUGGCUGUGGGAUCCCUCACCAUAAAUGCAGAACGCUCAGAAGUGGUAGACUUUUCUGUACCCUUCAUUGAGACAGGCAUUAGUGUAAUGGUGUCGCGAAGCAAUGGGACUGUCUCACCUUCUGCCUUUUUAGAGCCAUUCAGUGCUGAUGUAUGGGUGAUGAUGUUUGUAAUGCUGCUUAUAAUCUCUGCGGUGGCUGUCUUUGUCUUUGAGUACUUCAGCCCUGUGGGAUACAACCGGUGUCUGGCUGAUGGCAGAGAGCCUGGUGGUCCUUCUUUCACCAUUGGCAAAGCUAUCUGGCUAUUGUGGGGCCUGGUAUUCAACAACUCUGUGCCAGUGCAGAAUCCCAAGGGAACUACGAGCAAGAUCAUGGUGUCUGUGUGGGCCUUCUUUGCUGUCAUCUUUCUGGCCAGUUACACUGCCAAUUUGGCUGCCUUCAUGAUCCAAGAGGAGUAUGUAGACCAGGUGUCUGGGCUGAGCGACAAAAAGUUCCAAAACCCAAAUGCUUUCUCACCACCUUUCCGCUUUGGGACAGUUCCUAAUGGCAGUACAGAGAGGAACAUUCGCAACAAUUACGAACUGAUGCACGCCUACAUGGUGAAGUUCAACCAAAGAUCGGUGGGAGAUGCGCUAUCCUCAUUAAAGACAGGGAAGCUGGAUGCUUUUAUUUAUGAUGCAGCUGUGCUAAACUACAUGGCUGGCAGAGAUGAAGGCUGCAAGCUGGUGACAAUUGGGAGUGGGAAGGUCUUUGCUUCAACGGGCUACGGCAUUGCCAUCCAGAAGAAUUCAGGCUGGAAGCGGCAAGUGGAUCUGGCAAUCCUACAGCUCUUUGGUGAUGGUGAGAUGGAGGAGCUAGAAGCUCUCUGGCUCACUGGCAUCUGCCAUAAUGAGAAGAAUGAGGUAAUGAGCAGCCAGCUGGACAUUGAUAACAUGGCCGGAGUCUUCUAUAUGUUGGGAGCAGCCAUGGCCCUCAGCCUCAUCACCUUCAUCUGUGAACAUCUCUUUUAUUGGCAAUUCCGCCACUGCUUUAUGGGUGUUUGCUCUGGCAAACCUGGCGUUGUCUUCUCCAUCAGCAGGGGUAUUUACAGCUGCAUCCAUGGAGUGGCUAUCGAGGACCGCCAUUCUUCCAUGAACUCCCCCACUGCCACCAUGAACAAUACCCAUUCCAACAUUUUGCGCCUGCUCCGAACAGCAAAGAACAUGGCAAACCUUUCAGGUGUCAAUGGCUCACCACAAAGUGCCCUGGAUUUUAUCCGUCGCGAAUCCUCUGUCUACGAUAUCUCUGAGCACCGCCGUAGCUUCACUCACUCUGACUGCAAGUCUUAUAACAACCCCCCCUGCGAGGAAAACCUCUUCAGUGAUUAUAUUAGUGAGGUGGAAAGGACCUUUGGUAAUCUGCAGCUGAAAGAAAGCAAUGUUUACCAAGACCAUUAUCAUCACCACCAUCGCCCCCAUAGCAUAGGGAGCGCCAGCUCCAUCGAUGGACUGUAUGACUGUGAUAAUCCACCCUUCUCCGCACAGCCUCGAUCUCUCAGUAAGAAGCCAUUAGAUAUCGGUUUGCCACCGGCCAAACAUGGCCAGUUAGGUGACCUUUAUGGCAAGUUGUCUUUCAAGAGUGACCGAUACAGCGGUGGAGGGGCACACGACGAUUUGAUCCGUUCAGAUGUCUCGGACAUAUCGACUCAUACCGUGACUUAUGGCAACAUUGAGGGCAACGCUGCAAAGCGGCGAAAACAGCAGUAUAAAGAUAGUCUAAAGAAGCGGCCAGCCUCGGCCAAGUCACGGAGAGAGUUUGAUGAGAUUGAACUGGCCUAUCGCCGGCGUCCCCGUUCCCCUGACCACAAGCGCUACUUUAGGGACAAGGAAGGGCUACGGGAUUUCUAUUUGGACCAGUUCCGGGCUAAGGAGAACUCACCACACUGGGAACAUGUGGAUCUGACGGAUAUUUAUAAAGAGCGGGGAGAUGACUUCAAGCGUGACACUAUAGGGGGAGCAGGGACAUGUACUAACAGGACCCACCACAAACACGGGUCGGGGGAGUUUGGAGCAAACAAUGAGCACAAGCACAGUGUUGUGAGUGGGGUACCAGCGCCAUGGGAGAAAAACCUCACCAAUCUCGAUUGGGAGGAACGCCCUGGCACUAACUAUUGCCGCAGUUGCCCAUCAAAGCUGCAUAACUACACUCCGACCGUGGUGGGGCAGAAUUCCACCCGCCAGCCAUGCAUCCGGUGUGAAGCCUGCAAGAAGGCCGGAAACCUCUACGACAUCAGUGAGGACAACUCCCUCCAAGAGCUGGAUCAGCCAUCUGCUCCUGUGCCCGUGGCAACCAGCACCUCCACUACCAAGUAUCCUCAGAGCCCUUCCAACUCUGCCUCCAAGGUGCAGAAGAAGAAUCGCAACAAGCUACGCCGACAGCACUCCUACGACACCUUUGUGGAUCUGCAGAAGGAAGACGCCGCCCUGGCCCCCCGCAGCGUCAGCCUGAAGGACAAGGGCCGCUUUUUGGAGGGAAGCCCCUAUGCCCACAUGUUUGAGAUGCCAGCCAGCGAGUCCACUUUUGCCAACAACAAGUCCUCAGUGCCCGCCACCAGCCACCACCACCACAACAAUCCUGGCAUUAGUGGUGGUUAUAUGCUCAGCAAGUCGCUCUACCCCGACCGGGUCACUCAAAACCCUUUCAUCCCCACUUUUGGGGAUGACCAGUGCUUGCUCCACGGCAGCAAAUCCUAUUUCUUCAGGCAGCCUGUGGUGGCAGGAGGGCCCAAGGCCAGGCCAGACUUCCGAGCCAUUGUCACCACCAACAAGCCGGUGGUCUCGGCCCUCCAUGGGGCUGUGCCAGCCCGUUUCCAGAAGGACAUCUGUAUAGGGAACCAGUCCAACCCCUGUGUGCCUAACAACAAAAACCCCAGGGCUUUCAAUGGCUCCAGCAACGGGCAUGUUUAUGAGAAACUUUCCAGUAUUGAGUCUGAUGUCUGAGUGAUGGGGAAAAGCAUGGGAGGGGAUGGUGCUGGAAAUGCAACGUGUGGGAGGGGCAGGUGGUGGGUUCAGACCUAGUUCCCAUUUGCUACUCUUCUGCUACUCUUUUUUUCUUUGUGGAGUAUUGGAGUUCUGCUUAGGCAGCGCUGAUGCGAAGUGCCACCUCUUUCUUUCCCCAGAUCCCCCAUCCCCGAUGAUCUCUUUUCAUUUCUCCACUCACAGUUCCAUUCCUGGCCAUCACAUGUCAGAGCUUAGUAGCUUAGCUUGUGUUUUCACAGUUGGGAAAGGCAAAGGCAUGGUUGAGGAGAGGCCAGCAUACGAGUAGGAGCAAUAGCCGCAGAGUUUGGGGUUUUCUCGGCGCCAAACUGUGAUGGUUAGUACAGAUACGAGAAGGUGGCCUGAGGCGGAGAAUGGAAGAGAUAGAAUGGGCAUGAAGAAGAUACAGGUCUUCUUACAUAUGUACUUUUAAGCAAAAUUGAUGGGACGUGAAUAGUGUGGGAUCAACUUAAUGCAUUUUAUGUUGAUUACAUGCAAAAAAUCAUUCAGUUCUUUUGUGAAGACUCUGUGGGUUAAAGGCUGAAAUAUGGAGUUGCAUAUAUACAUAUACAUAUAUAUAUAUACUGAAGAUAAAAAUGUAUUGAAAUCUUGGUAUAUUUACCAGGGGGAGGGGAGGUUUGAUAUGUAUGCAGAUCUAGCCAGUAGUCCAGUCAACAGUAACCCAGUGAGGUCACUUCUGAAAGACGAAUUGGAAUGAUAAAAGCGAAUGCCAGUGAAACUUUCAGCAAAAGUCUUGGGAAAAUUCAAAUGUUGGGGUCCCAGGGGAGGUUUUGUUGCAGGUUUUGUGCUACUCAUGAACAACUUGUUAAUUUUGAAAUGGUGAAAUAUCAAAUAUGGGUUGGUUUAUGCACAAGCUUAAAUGUGAAAAUUAAUUGACACGAACCAUCGUAACAACAUGAGUUUCUUAUCGCUACGAUAUUUAGUAGACAAACCCAGCAGAGCAAACCUUUCCAAUGCAAGGGAACAUAAAGGGCAGUGAAUGAAAAGAAGAGCAGGGCUGGCAACUCAAGCUCCACAGUUGUUCUGAUGAAUUUAAUCUGGCAGGGAGAAGGCUCAGCCAUUGCUCCCUCCUCUAGCAUAUCAUGCAACACGAGCAAGAUGAAUAAGGGAAAGGCUUUCUCUGCUGAUGUUGUAUUUCCUCUGAGUAGAAAGUGGAAGAAGGCGGUGGUGGUGGUGGUGGGAAUAGGGCCAGCACAACUCAGACAUGUGUAUAUGUGUAUUUAUUGAAUAUAUUCUUAUAUUUGAUAAUUAUAGUGUUGUGGAAAUACACGGCUUGUCUUCCACAGGGCAUGAGGAGAUGAAUCAUCAGAUCCUACAGAUGCUGUGGUGACGACUGGAGAGCAGAGUUGGAAAGAUGUGGGGAAUAUUGUUGUGAAGGGGACCAGCAGGUUCAAAAGUGCAAAAGUGGUAUCACUUAGCAUCUUGAGAGUUGUUCUGGCCCUGUCCUCAGUGCAUAUAGUACUGAUAACAGCAGUUUGGCUACUAAGGAGGAAAAACUGUAAAUGCAAGUUAAAAUGAGACACUUGUUAGAAGCGAUAUUGUUUCGUUUACAGCAGGAACCCUCAGGUAAGGGCAACAGGUCCAUUGUUGCUUCCCAAAAAUGUGGCAAAGCACCUCACUUUUUCAUGGGUCUGUUGUUCUGCUUUCCUAACUGGAAAGGACUGUGAAAAGUGCUCUUCGGCUAUCUUGGGCACAUUGCAGUAGAACUGAACGCAUGGACAGGCACAGGCCCUGAGCUUUGGAAGCAGCCAUUCUUUUUCGAGCCACAUUUCCUGCAGCUGAUUCUCUUCUCGUGUAUCCUUCCAACCAUACCCUACUUGGCUUUAUCUUAAUACCUUUCUUGCAUUUAAGCCAACUGAAGGCCUUGUUUUUUUGGUAGGCAGAGGCCAGGAGGAAGGGCCUGAACAUUUUGUGAAAUGGGAUUCCCCCACCUCCUCUGGAUUUACUAAGCAAGUUAUGGAAGGAGGGACGCCCUCUCUAUGGUUGGAGGAGUAGAACGCCUUUUGGUUCCUCUCUUCUUUCUCCUGUAAAGAAAAUAAUGCUUGCUUAGCAGUCUGCAGAACAUGGAGUGAACCCUCUGACAAGAGCAGUUGAGAAGGCAUUCAUUUCAUUUGUAAAUAUGGUUUUCUUUUCUAUUACAUUUUGUACAAACUAGUGCUUCUCUUCUUGUGAAUAUUCAGGUUUGGAGAGAAGAGGGAUUUUAGGUUGUCCUCCCACCCCUGCAACUUUCAGGCGAUGUGUCUGGAAGUUGUUUGAUGUGGGCCCAGGCUGUUAAAAAUGGGGGAGAAGGAGAGAAAACUGCAUGCAUUGAAUACCUCUAUCUACACACCUGCCACCUUUAUUCUUCAUGGUUCGAAAAUAUAUUAGAUCACCUCUAGCCUUGCUAGCAGGGCUUUCAUGUUCUAAUGGAAGCACACUAUAUCUCCCUUGCUUGAUUCUAAACUCCAUACCAUAACCCUUCUCUGGAAUCUGGGUCCUGGGCAUUGUGCUGUUUUCCCUUGGUGAUGAAGCAAACCAUCAUUUUGAAUGUUCAGUUUAGGUCAUCACCCAACACUACAGGGACUUCUCCAAAGUUAAUGUUGGCUUGGAAACCUUGGGACUGGGAAAUCUCAGUUUACUAGUACUUCUUAAGGUUUAUUAAGCAGCUGGGUUUGAUCCUACUGAUUAAGCCUGCCUUUGGCAGCUAUGUCAGUAUUCCCAUCCCUCAGCUGAAACCAAAUACAGUUGAGAAUGGUACUUCGGAGAAAAUUAAACUGAAAAACAAACCAAAAAGAUGCUAACUGAACUCUCAGAAUGAUUCCAGAUCUUUGUUUUGGAUGACGGUUCACUAUGGUUCACAUUUUCUUAUAACCUUUUUCUCUGACCCUAGCUCAAUUUAAACGUUGAAUGACAUGUUUACAUUUAUAGUGUUUAGGUUUGAUAAUAUUAAAGUGCUUUACAAAUUUUAAUUUGUGUGCACAGAGUAUGAAAAUUGUCUGCUUAAGGAUAACAGGAAAUGUUGGAGGACUUUCAACAACAAUCCAUUUGCAGGUGUCUUGUGUAUUCCCUUGACACAGGAAAUGAGCCUCUGGCUUUCUUUCCCCUUCUCUUUCAUUUGAAACAUACAUUUUUCUUUCUCUUGAAAUUUGACCAAGAGGGAAAGGGUUGGUUGGAUCACACACACACACACACACACACACACACACACACACUUCUUGGAACACUGAUUACAAUUUUGUAAUUUAAAAUUCCGAGUGUUAUUUCACUAAAAAUAAUCGAGUGAACAUAACAGGAAAUUUUAGCAGCAGGUGCUGUUUAUGCUAGAAUGGAGGCUGUGAUGUUGGUUGCUUAACUUGCCAAAAAAAUACAUGAGACUUUGUACGAGAGGCCAACAAAAGUGAAUGUUUAUCAGCUCAGAAACCCAGUUUCUUCUUCCUCUUAGAAAAAUGGGGUGUGUUCCUAAUAUUUCUGUCAUUUCAUAACAUUGAUUCCCCCCCCCACCGUGAACUAAGGGUGUUUGUUUUGCAUGGGUGAGUGGUUCUGUACCGGAACAUACAUAAUGUAACUGGUAUGGGGUUUUUUUCAGUCUGGCAUAUCUUGCCAUUAAUGUCUUUUGGGAGGAUAUAUUGAAAUACUUUCUAAAUGCUCAUACUUCUGGAGCCAUGGCAAUAUGUAUGUAAUAAAUGUUAUGGUAUAAAGGAGGAAAAGAUGGGGUGGGGUGGGGGAAUGGCAGACUUCCCAUGCUGUUAGACAUUAGUAUGGCAUGCUGCCGGACCACUUAUUCUGGCAUUCUUUAAUGGAGGUGGUAUGUCUGCCAAUGUAGCAAUACACCAUGUUAUGUUAUGUUAUGUUAUAUCCUGCCAUAAUGUGUGGUGCUCCAUAAAUUUGGUGAGUGGGGUAUUAUGCAUGACACAAACAUAUCAAAGAAAAUGGAUUGUCCCUGCAUCAGCACUAAUCUACAGGUUUUUAAAAGUAUACUGCCCCUCUCCAUCCCCACCCCAUACUCCCUUGCACAUGUAAAUCAACUAGUAUCUCUCAUUCUUGCCAAAAUCCAACACAAUCCCAAUUUGGGCACAGGUAUUCCGGCAGUUUCUUACAACCCACUUCCUGCCACUGGGAAUUCUUCUUCAAAUUCCUUUAAUAAAAAUCUACAUCAUUCCUAAAUACAGUCAUCGUUAGGAUAAUCAGAGGCUAGUUGCACAGAGGAACUAUUUUGUUCCAGGAUGUUGUCAGAACAAACAUGUAUGCCUCAUGAGUUUGCUUAGAUCAAGCAUGGCCGUAUCCCUUCUUGUCCAAAAGAGCUGGCAGCCUAUAUUCAUGAUUGUACUCCGUAUUGCCCACCUGCUCCCAAAUGGGGCUUGUGUUGGUUUCAUUCCAUCACAUCCAUCAGAUAUAUGCGCAUGAAGCUACCUGAAAGAUCGGGCCCUGAAGUUCCUGGCAACAAUAGAAGAGGACCUCAACCCCUCAAGCUUGCAUUUUGCAUCCUCUCCCAUAAGUGCUUCCCUACAAUUACAUAUUGAACAUACCAGGUCUGUCCAAGUGGAAAACGUCCACUCUACUUCUGGACGCUGCUCGAAUAUGAAGAAAGUAAUUAGUGGGACACUAGCUUUGUCCCCCAAGGGCUUAUUUCCAGUUUGUAGCCAAAUAGGCUUCCAAGCCAUAAUUCUGUUCUUAAUAUUCCCUACACCCUCACCACUGGAAAAGUUGGUUAGGGUUAUAACCGCCAGUUAUAGAUCCAGACAUAUAGCAUCAUUUUCAUUAUGGAUGGGUUUCCAUUUCUGGCACCCAUCCAGACAAACUUCAAACUAAACCACCACAUUUUAAAAACUUUUAUUUUAAAUACUUUGAAGGCCCGCCCUUUCCAGCCUCUGAAUGUUACCAAAUUCCCUUUAUUGUUGACAAUAAUGUGAAUUAGUGUAGAGUACAUCUUGACAAAAUUAGAAUAUUCUCUAUUAGCAAAGUCCAGUUAAAAACAACAAAGCAGUGCUAUGAAGAUUGAAGAUCACUUCACACAACCAGACCAGCUUGGUGAUAGACCAGUGAGCCAAGGAGGGGCAUAGACAAAGGGCACCCCCAUAAGCUUCAAAUUAAAUUGCCCUCCUCCAUGAUGAAUUGGUGGAGUGAGUGGAUCCAGGUUCAGGUCUGCCCGUGGUAAAGCUUAAUACCAUACCCAGCUCACAUGUCAUGCCAUCUGCGAAGCUGUGGGGUAUGCAACGAUUUGACCACAUGUCAGACCGAGCUGGAUCCAUUUGGUCAGCAAGCCCAUCAUGCCAAUUCAAUCAUCUGAACUGGGCUCAAGAUAAAAUCUGUGUUAUCAGUUAUUCAUAAUUUAAUUUAUUUAACCUAUCAAAAGUGGUUGUAAUGAAUACCACAGUUAAGUUCUUGGAAGGUCCGACCUAUUCCAUACUGAGUUAACUGCAUUUCUUUCAUAAACACUGGUGUUUGUGUGUACACACACACACCACAUACUAAAAAGCUGAAUAAUAUAUAUGUAGGUCUCACAUAACUUCAGCAAAAAGCCUGAGUAUGUAUGGACACAUCUCAAACAUCAAAAUCAAUAUAUUUCAGCAAACAUUUUUGACUCCUUUUAGUCACAAUAAAGCAUUUUAUCAAAGCAGAAACAAUGCAACAUUUCCUGACAUUGUUUUUAAUGUUAUGUAUUCAUGUUGUGCCAUAUAUAUCAUCCGCUUAUUUGAUUGCGGUUAUAUGUAAAUAUAAGUGUACAUAUGUACAGGAGCUAAUUACAGCAGCUAUAUUCAGGUUGGGGGAAGAGGGUAAUUUUUUUAUAUGUACAGUAUUUCCAUAUUAAGCAAAGGCAUGGGGAAGGGGGAAUUGACUUAUGAGUUGUGGUUUUCCUUGGUCUGUGGUGUUUGAAGUUGUUUCAGUGGUUGCUUUUGCCAGUUUGGGAAGUUUAUCUGGAUGUUCUAUGUGUGUGCUAAGAAAGGGACUCAUGUUGGGGGAGGUUUGGGGGCUGGUGGCGGGUGGGGAGGAAAAGGGUGUUAAUAGUUUCCUUAAUUAGAACAUGUAUUGAUAGCUAGAGAUUACAUGUUUGAGAUUAUAUGUUUGAAACACCAGGCUACCCCUUUCCUUAGAUUGUCUGUCUUUAUUUUCCCCCCUCUCUCUCCUCUGAAAACUGUCCCUUC